AUGCAGUUCUGCUCUUAUCAAGUGCCGACUAUAAUUUCUAACAAUGGUUAUCAAUUUAAUGCCAAGGAAGGUGUUCGACGUUCGGCUAUUGCUAAGAAUGGUGAUCUUCCAGUGACUAUUAAUGGAAAUAUAAAAACGGUUCACGAUCUUCUUCUCAAUGCCGUUCGAAUAUCAGGAUGCAAAGCAUUUCUCGGCAGCCAAGAACAAAAUUCGGAUUCCUAUAUUUGGAUAAGAUUUAUGGAUAUCUAUGAUCUAGUAAGGGCUUUAGGAUCUGGUCUCAUCGAAACUUGUGGUCUGAAUAAAAAUUGUCACGAAAAGUUUAUUGGAAUAUGCGGCAGAAAUUGUGUUGAGUGGGUAGUUGCAGAAUUUGCUUGCGCAACCUAUGGCUUUGUUGCAGUUCCAAUCUACGAUGCUUUGAGAAGGAAUACCAUGAAAUGCAUUUGUGAUCAAUGCAAGUUGAUUUGUAUUCCAUUUCAAAAUUAUGAUCGCAACUCUAUUUGGGAUAAGCUAGUUUUCCACAAAAUCAGGAGGAGUUUCGGUGGACGCAUCAGAAUAGUAAAUGUUGGAGGCGCACCAAUUUCUGACGAGCUAUUAAGAUUCACUCGAGCUGUAUUCUGUUGCCCAGUAAGUUUGGAACGAAUCGAUAACUUUUCUAAUAACAUCACUAGCAUGAUUCUUAUUGAUAUGGAAGGGAACCACGUCGGACCACCUCUUCCUGGUUGUGAAAUAAAACUCGUCAAUGUUCCGAAGAUGAAUCUUAAUGCUAUCACGGACAACAUUGGCGAGGUCUGUGUCCGCGGAGCCGUUAUAACACCUGGUUACUAUAAACAGCCUGAACUAACAGCAAAUUUGAUUGAUAAUGAUGGCUGGCUCCAUAUGGGAGAUAUUGGUGAAUGGACUGAAUACAAUCAACUAAAAAUUGUGGAUAGAUUGAAGCACAUAAUCAAACUCGCUCAAGGUGAAUAUGUUGUGCCGGGGAGGGUUGAACAAGUAUACUCAUCUAGUUAUCUUGUUAAUCAAAUUUUUGUCGAUGGUUCGACUUUGAGACCUUAUCCCAUCGCAUUAGUGGUUCCGAAUGGUGAUUCCCUUUGUAAAGCUCUUAAUCGACUUGACAAGAAUCCCGAAUUUAUACGAAACCUCAGCAAACCUAGCGGCGAGAAAAUAAAGCGUGCCAAUACAACUCAAUUUUUUAACCUCCAUGGUACUUUGGUUUCAAUGGAGCAAUUGUGUGUUCAUCCGGAUGCUGAAAAACGUGUACUCGAAAAUUUCAGAAAAGUGGCUAAACACGGUGGGCUCAAAGAUUUUGAACAGGUUCGUGUUCUAAAACUCAUUCCUGAAGAAUUUUCUCUGGAGAACAGACUGCUUACUCCAACUCUAAAAUGUGCAAGACAUGCCAUCCGAAGGAGGUACCAAGGAGAACUCAAGGAACUCUAUAGCCGAAAUAGCCAACACCUUGAAGUAUGUUCUCUUUAUUUGGCUCUCAACCAUUUGAAAUUGUCUCAAAAAUUUCUAAUGAUGGAUAUUUGUUCGAAGCCGAGGUUUGUGGAAAUCUUUGCCAUCAUUCAAGGCGUUCGUCGUUCCCAAUUUUCUAAAGAACCGAAACUUCCUGAAGUUCUUGAUGAGCGCUUAACUACCGUCCAUGACUUACUUCUUGAGGCAGUGCUAGUUGCAGGCCAGCAACCGUUCCUUGGUAGCCAUUCCAAACCUUCAGAUCCUUACUCUUGGUUGACAUUCAAAGGAACUUAUGAAAGGGCGUGCGAUUUGGGAUCUGCUCUGAUUAAUGUCUGUGGGUUGGAUAACAAAUCUGAAACUGGAAGAUGUGUCGGUAUCUAUGGCAAAAAUUGUGUUGACUGGGUCGUGACAGAAUUUGCGUGCGCUACCUAUGGUCUAGUAGUUGUACCACUCUACGAUACUCUUGGGGAGGAAGCCCUGAAGCAUAUUUGCAAUCAUUCUGAACUAACGGCAUGUGUUUGUGUAUCACCCGACUUGGUUGAGAAGUUGUUGGAAUUGAAAUCCGGUCACUUGAAACAUAUCAUCCUUAUUCAGUCGAAUGCGUCAGUGCUGGAGAAUUUGCGUGUAAAGGCAGAUAAACGUGUACAAAUCCACGCCUUUUCGGAUCUGCUAAUUAAGGGAAAUGAGAAUCAAUGUACUCCUGAUCCCUCGACUGUAGAGGACCAGGUACUUAUCUGCUAUACUAGUGGAACUACAGGAACACCUAAAGGUGUUAUUGUCACAAAUAAGAUGCUAAUCGCCACAGUUACAAGCACAAUGAUGAAUACCAAUCUAACACUUUUUACUCAAAAUGAUGUCUACUUAUCAUUUCUUCCUCUGGCCCAUAUCUUUGAACAAUUCAAUGUGAUGCUAGCCCUGAAUGCACGUGGUCGGAUUGGUUUCUACAGUGGUGAAAUAACAUCACUUCAAGCUGAUGCCCACACACUGCAACCAACCAUCUUCAUCGCGGUUCCGCGAGUAUUGGCACGUAUCCGGCAGGCCAUUUUCAAAAAUGUCGCGACUUCAAAACUCAAGACAUCCCUCAUUAAGACUGCUGUCAUUCGUAAACUCAAGACAGUAGAUAAGCAGAUCUAUCAGCACAAUACCAUGUGGGAUCAACUUGUUUUCUCCAAAAUACGAAAGCGAUUUGGGGGUCGUAUUCGUCUAAUAAUUACGGCGGGUGCACCUAUAUCUGGUGAUCUGCUGCAAUUCAUUCGAGCCGCCUUUUGUUGUCCUGUCUUUGAGGGCUACGGUUCUACGGAAACCUGUGGUGCUAUUACGUGUUCCAUUUUUGGGGAUUUAGCUGGGGGUCAUGUUGGACCCCCACUUCCUGGUUGUGAAAUAAAACUCGUUGAUGUACCCAGCAUGGAUCUUGUGACGUCUAGAGAUAACAAGGGCGAAAUUUGCUGUCGAGGACCCGUAGUGACCCCUGGGUACUUUAGACAACCUGAAUUGACAGAGGAUUUAAUAGACAAGGAUGGUUGGCUUCACAUGGGUGAUAUUGGCGAGUGGGCUGAAGGUAAUCGCCUUAAAAUUGUUGAUCGACUGAAGCAUAUUUUCAAGCUCUCUCAAGGUGAAUACGUUGCACCGGAGAAGGUGGAACAAGUGUAUACACAUAGUUCUCUAGUGUCUCAGGUAUUCGUAGAUGGAUCACCGUUGAAAUCGUAUCCAGUUGCGCUAGUAGUCCCAGAUGGUGAAACCCUUUGCAAGGCUAUUAAUAGCAUUGAGCAGGGAGCAAGGAACAGUAGCAAUGGGUCAAGGAAGAGACCGAAGCGAAAUAGCAAAAAAAGAAAGUCUGGUGAUACUGACACUACGGAAAAGUUCAAUCUUAGGGGAAAUUUGAUCACCCUGGAAGAGUUAUGCAACAAUCCCGAGGCCGAGCGCCUUAUCUUCAGUGAAUUAUCGCAAUUGGGGAGAAGUAGCGGACUUAAAGGGUUUGAGCAGGUUCGUGUAAUAAAAUUAAUUCCUGAAGCAUUUACAUUGGAGAAUCGGCUACUUACUCCUACUUUGAAGUGUGCCCGUCAUGCCAUUCGAAAGAGGUACCAAGAAGAACUUAAACAGCUCUACACCCGAAAGGAGCUCGACUAG